GUGAAAAUGGUACAAUAUCAAUACGGGCGGAAGAAGACAUAAACUUGUCAUGUCCCAGCAACUUACCAUCAAUACCGGAAUGGAAUUAACUAGCAAGUCAUUGGUUCAUUGUUAUUGAGUGUUCUAUAUUGUAGUUGAAUGAAAAACCUUUUACGUUUGAUGGGGAAUGCGAACAACAAGAUGAAGCACAAACAUAAAAAGCCAGUCAAUCAUGAAAAUAUCGACGUGAACAGAAGCAAAACAUUACGAGUAUUAGAACAAUUGAAAUCAGAGGAUUCAAAUCAUCUGCAAUCAUAUCCGGAGCUUAUUAUUCAUUCCAAUAGCAAUAUGGAUAGAACGGAUCAUCAAACAGAAUCAAUUCCUAGCAAUAACAAUGUUAUUAUCAAUCAUAGGUUUUCUUCAGCACCCCAGCUCCAAUCCUCAAUUACCUCAGAUAAUGUUAAGAUACGGAAGGUGUUAAAAGAUGGACGAAUUGUGAAGGAAGUAGUAUCUUGUGAUAAUAUUGAUAAAUGUGAAAAUGCGGUGCAUGUCAGGGCCAAUAACUCCGAAUAUCAACAACAAUCUAGUGAUCUCAGUGAACAAAAUGAAACAGACUUUGGAUUCUUGGCGGGCUGGAGAAAUAAUGGAUGUAACGAUAUUGAUAUAAAUAUUCCUUCUGAGUCAAACAAAGCUCCUCCGUCUGAAUACUAUGCUGAGGGGGAUCAACCAUUGACCGUAGAAGAUAUGGAUAGGCUACAAGCAAUGGGUAAAAAUUAUACAUCAGCUAAAUAUCAUGCUUAUGUGAACUCUCCGAAAGAAUAUUUUUCUGAUGCUAAAAUCAUAGUAGAGAAAUUAGAAAAACCACCAUACAACUUUAAGUUAUUUCUCCCUGAGCGACAAUUAUUGUGUGGUUCUUAUGAACUGGAAGCAAAGUGCUCCGGCAAGGUGAUCUCAUUACUCGGUGAAAAUUAUAAAGACUCUGAAGCAUUUCAUUUUAUCAAUUAUUUUGCAAAAUCCUUAGAUCCAAUAUCGAAAGAAGCUAAACUAAUACCAGUUUUAAUGGAUGAAAUCGACCAAAUUCCUCGUAUUCUGAAGGGCAUGUAUCUAAUAAGAUAUUAUAAAGACAGUGAUAGAGGCUUCUUCUGGGAUAAAUUAUCAAAUUCAAUCAUAACGUGUAAAUCGUGUCCUUCUCGUCUGAAUAGAAUAACAUGACGUGACUACACUGCUUCAACAUUCGAGAGUACUACUGUCAUGAAAGAUCACAAUUAACUGAUCAUGCAUGACUUGUGUGUUUCGUUAUAUACAUUUGUAUAUGGUCAUAUUGGCAAUUCAGAAAGUUUCUUGCCUGCUUUUAUUUCUCCAUCCGUAUUAUUUUUUAUUUUUGUUGAUGUCUAUAUUGUUUUGUGUUAUCUAAAAGAUAUGUGUAAAAUAUUCUGUUCUGUUAGUAUGUUUUAUGAACUAAUAGCUGUGUAUUUCCACAAAAAUGGACUUUAUCAAAUGGAAGUUACCAAAAGCUUUAACAACAGAUCGAUCUGUAGUCCUGUAGGUUUCCUCAAGAAUGUAUAACAAACCUUUAGCCAUGUUCCAAGGUACUAAAAUUUGGCCUUAUAUAUAUUGUAUGAAAUUUAACCAGUAAUAGGUUGUCAUUCACGAGCAUUGGUAAUUGAAAUAAAUAAUAUUUUUAAACGCA